UCAAAUAAGAAAUAAACCCAACCAUUGUUUCCUUUUGGGUGUAGUGUUCCGACAUUUUCGAAGCGAAGGGUUUAGGAUGAGCACUUGUAGUUUGGUAGCAGAAUCAGUUUGGCAAGCAAUCGAAUCCACCCAUUCAGUGAGCGAUGAUCAGCUGUCGAUAUUGCAUUUUAUAUUUGGGAAGAAUUUCGAGAGAGCGACCAGGAUUGUUGAUCAAGGCGGUGUGCGGAGGAUUUCUGGACACUCAACUGCUCGUUCAAUUUUUCAGGUGGUAGGAGAAUCACGGAGGAAGGAGGAAUAUCUGUGCUUUGCGGAACACUACUGUGCCUGUUAUUCAUUCUUCUAUGACAUUGUCAACAAAGGGGAGCAGCUCAGUUGUAAGCAUCAACUAGCCGCAAGACUUGCUGCCUCGACUGGGACAUGCAUUGAUGUUAAGGUUUCUGACGAGGAAUUGGCCUUGCUGCUGGCCAAGCUCUGAUAUCUCCCAGCAACAAAUAUGUCAAGACUUGCCUUUUGAGAUUUUUUAUUCUUUGAAGCAGUUAGUAUAUGUUAUAGCUCAAUUUUACUUGUCUCAUUUCAGAUUGAGUUUUAGUCUCCUGAAUCUUCAGCUUCUUUACAUUAUUAGCAAGUCUUCAGCAUUCUCUUACCUAGGACGAACAGAGAGAAAGCAGCAAAGACAGAUAAUCCAAUCAGUAUCUCAAUAACAUUAUUAACUAAAGAUUCAUUGUCAUAACUUAUUACAGUCCCACAUCAAACAUUGAGAUAGCAUAAACAUCAUCUUCUGCGUUUUUCUUACACCAAGAUUAUUCAAUAGAGUGCAGAUGCACACUACCCCAUUCGCCCAGAAAAACAAUUACCUAGGAUAUGAACUGACCUAGCAAAUUAAGGAACAAUCUUGUAAGCUUUUACCUUAUCAAUCCAAGAAACAAACGAAUUCUUGGAGUUCCUAAAUCCUAGAAACCCAUGUUCCUUGCUCUUGUUCA